UUCCGGUUUUCUAUUUAGAAUGAAUGUGGCAACAUCCGGGCACAUUUUGUUACCUCAAAGCCAAAUCUGUGAUGGAUAUGGCAUCAUAGUGUCAAAAUAAAAUGUUGGUCAUGAAAUGAACCACUGUAGGAAAAUGAAAGCUGGAUUCCAAAAAAUCCUCAACGCAUCUUUUUCUUCUACUUGGUAUUCAAAUCCAAACCCCAAUUUCUUCAAUUCAUCAAAAACCCUUUCUUCUAAAACCCUUUUCUUUACUCCCUCUUCUUCUUCAAUUUUGCGCAAAAGAGGAAUUAAUAUCAGAUCCAAUCAAAUUCACACUGUUGUUUCAGCAAUGGGUUCUUCUAGUUAUAAACCUGAACAAGCUAGAGUUCCUCCGGCUAUUCCUGUACCUUCUCCUCCCAUCACCAAGUUCAAGAUUGCUCUUUGUCAAUUGUCUGUAACUGAGGACAAGAAAAGGAAUAUUGCUCAUGCUCGUAAAGCUAUUCAAGAAGCUGCGGAAAAGGGUGCUGAGCUUGUUCUUUUGCCGGAAAUAUGGAACAGUCCAUAUUCAAAUGACAGCUUCCCAGUGUACGCAGAAGAUAUUGAUGCUGGUGGUGAUGCAUCUCCAUCAACUGCUAUGCUUUCUGAAGUUGCUCGUAGUCUCAAGAUUACCAUAGUUGGUGGGUCUAUCCCUGAACGUUGUGGUGACCGUCUGUACAAUGCAUGUUGUGUCUAUGGCAAAGAUGGAAUACUGAAGGCGAAACACAGAAAGAUUCAUCUUUUCGAUAUUGACAUUCCUGGAAAAAUCACCUUUAUGGAAUCAAAGACUCUCACUCCUGGGGAGACCCCUACCAUAGUAGAUACAGAUGUUGGCCGUAUCGGUAUUGGUAUUUGUUAUGACAUUCGGUUUCAAGAGCUAGCAACUAUUUAUGCAUCAAGAGGUGCCCACCUAUUGUGCUACCCUGGGGCCUUUAACAUGACUACUGGUCCUUUACACUGGGAAUUGCUGCAGAGAGCUAGGGCAGUGGAUAAUCAGUUAUAUGUAGCAACAUGUUCACCUGCUAGAGAUGCUGGUGCUGGUUAUACCGCUUGGGGCCACUCUACCCUUGUUGGUCCUUUCGGAGAAGUACUCGCGACUACUGAACAUGAUGAGGCAAUAGUUAUAUCAGAGAUCGACUAUUCAGUAAUGGACCUCAGGAGAACAAACCUUCCUUUAGAGAAGCAAAGACGUGGGGAUCUAUACCAGUUGGUAGACGUCCAGAGGCUGAAUUCACCAACAGCAUAGAGAGCAGAGAGAGAGAGAGAGAGCUGUGAAAUUUCUGGUUGUUCUAUUCGUCUGAGUUGCAAAAUGCAGCGUGGUUAGAACUAUUCGUUGAAUAAGAACUGAAGUAAUCAAAAAAUCGAAAAUUUAUCUUCUUUAUGUUUUU